AUGGUUUGGGUCGACAACGCAACGGCCGAGAUCGAUGCCAUCUCGGAAUGGCGCACUAUUGUCGCCAUUUGCACUGUUCUCUCGGCAUUUUCGAUUGCGAUCGUGAUGGCACGGGUCUGGAUCAGGCACAAGAACCACGGGUUGGCGGCCGAUGACUGGAUGGCGAUGUUGUCAAUGGCAUUUGCCCUGAUUUAUUCGCUACUGUGCAUUGUCCAAACGAAGUAUGGCCUGGGGCUCCCGCUUAAGCUGCGGCCAAAAGAGAACCUCAUCCCUUACACCCGUUCCAACUAUGCCGGCCGGCCGAUCUACCAGAUAGGCAUCAGCUUCUUCAAGGUGGCACUGUUGAUCAGCUACCUGCGACUUUUCAAGGGAACCAACCACAUCAUCUACCGCCGAGUGGUCUGGGUCGCCAUUGUGGCCGUCGUGGCCGGGCACUUGGGAUGUGCGCUGACCUUGAUUUUGGCGUGCAGUCCGGUACACAAAUCAUGGGAUCCGUUAACACCCGGCACGUGCCUUGCACCCGGUCCUUCAUUCACGGCAUAUGCCAUCGUGACGAUCGUGUCCGAUGUGGUGGUGGCCGUCAUUCCGAUCCCCGUGUUGCUGCAGCUCAAGGUCAACUUGGGCAAGAAGAUUGGUCUCAUUGUCAUUUUCCUGCUGGGUCUCUUCACGACGCUGUGCUCGGUCUUCCGGUAUCUGCAGAUCGACAGGAUCCAGUAUGGCGACGGCAACUCGACCAUGCUCAUCCUGUGGGGUGUGAUUGAGUUCAACGUCGGGAACGUGGUCUCUUCGCUACCAUUCCUCGCGCCGAUCUUCCUGCGCAAGGCCAAGCAGUACACGACCAAAUACUCCGGAAGCGGCAACAACUACGGCAGCGGGGCGCGCAAGAUCGGCAAGUCGAGCGAAGCCUACAAGCUCAGCAGCAUCUCCAGCCAGGUGAAGGGCACCUUCGCCACCGCCCAAGGCCAGAGCAACGGCAGCGAGGAGAACAUCCUCAAAUCGAGCACCGAGAAUGCACCCGAGAACACCAUCAUGAAGUCAGUCACAUACAGCGUGCGAGUCGACUGA